GCGGCCGGUCGGUUUUCUUCGCCGCCGCUGGUUGGAUCGUUUCAAUAAAAGUCUUUUUUCUCUCUCGCUCUCUCUCCUCCCGGGAACAGGCGGAGGCGUCAGUCUGCAGCCGCCGAGUGAGAAAGCGACGUACACGCAGCGAGCGAAAGCGGCCGCCCGCGGUCUCUUCAGCUUCUCGCCGUCCGGCCCCAGAGAGGAAGGAGUCCGCGUUCGGCCGGGCAGCCUCAAUCAGGCGUCGGCGCCUCCCUGCCCGCCUCGCUCCCGCCCGGGAUCCUCCGAGGGGAUUAGUGGGACGCCCGCGCGGCUCGGCGGCACGGGAGCCAUGUUGACCCGGGGGCUUGGCAACGCGUAAGGGACCCCGCGGCCCCUCCCGGAGGCUCCGGACCCUCGGCGAGAGCCGGAAGGCGGCUGCGGCGGCGGAGGCCUGCCCCUCGGAGGCGCCUCGGUCUGCCAGCUGCUGGGACCCGGACCUGCAUCCGGUCGCCGCGGGCGUCGGCGGAGCAGCUUUCCCUCGGCGCCGCGCCUCGCCUCGCUGCGGGACGCGGCCCCCGCACUUGCUGGAUUUUUCACAUUCAAUCGAUAGGAUGAAAAAAUUUAAGAGAAGACUGUCCCUCACGCUUCGAGGAAGCCAGACUAUUGAUGAAUCAUUGUCUGAAUUGGCUGAACAAAUGACUAUUGAAGAAAAUAGCAGCAAGGAUAAUGAGCCUAUUGUGAAGAAUGGCAGGCCUCCAGCCUCUCAUAGUAUGCAUUCCUUCCUCCACCAGUACACAGGGUCCUUCAAGAAGCCCCCAUUGCGGAGACCGCAUAGUGUUAUUGGAGGAAGCCUUGGCUCCUUUAUGGCAAUGCCCAGAAAUGGAAGCAGAUUAGAUAUUGUUCAUGAAAAUCUAAAAAUGGGAUCAGAUGGUGAGAGCGACCAAGCUUCUGGGACAUCAUCUGAUGAAGUCCAGUCACCUACAGGUGUUUGUCUUAGAAAUCGUAUACACAGACGGAUCUCAAUGGAGGAUUUAAAUAAGCGGUUAUCACUUCCUGCAGAUAUCAGAAUACCUGAUGGGUAUCUUGAAAAGUUCCAGAUAAACAGUCCACCAUUUGAUCAACCAAUGAGCCGAAGGUCUCGUAGAGCUUCCUUAUCAGAAAUUGGGUUUGGGAAAAUGGAAACCUACAUUAAAUUGGAAAAGCUUGGAGAAGGUACAUAUGCAACAGUGUAUAAAGGAAGAAGUAAAUUGACAGAGAAUUUGGUGGCAUUAAAAGAGAUCCGGUUGGAACACGAAGAAGGUGCACCCUGCACAGCUAUAAGAGAAGUUUCACUAUUAAAGGAUCUAAAACACGCAAAUAUAGUUACCUUACAUGACAUUGUUCACACAGAUAAAUCUUUGACCCUGGUCUUUGAAUAUCUGGAUAAAGACCUAAAACAGUACAUGGAUGAUUGUGGAAACAUCAUGAGUAUGCACAAUGUAAAGCUGUUUUUAUACCAAAUUCUACGUGGUUUGGCAUAUUGCCACAGAAGAAAAGUGUUGCACCGAGACUUGAAACCACAGAACCUCCUCAUUAAUGAAAAAGGAGAAUUAAAGCUAGCAGAUUUUGGACUAGCCAGAGCCAAGUCAGUUCCCACAAAGACCUACUCAAAUGAAGUUGUCACACUGUGGUACCGGCCACCUGAUGUGCUUCUCGGUUCUUCAGAGUACUCAACACAGAUUGACAUGUGGGGUGUUGGUUGCAUUUUCUUUGAAAUGGCUUCUGGAAGACCUCUAUUUCCAGGAUCAACUGUGGAAGAUGAACUGCACUUAAUUUUCCGACUGCUAGGAACUCCAUCUCAGGAAACUUGGCCAGGUGUUUCUUCAAAUGAUGAGUUCAAGAACUACAACUUCCCGAAAUAUAAACCUCAGCCUCUAAUUAACCAUGCCCCCAGGUUAGACUCUGAAGGAAUAGAGUUGAUAACAAAAUUUCUUCAGUAUGAAUCUAAGAAAAGGGUUUCAGCAGAAGAGGCCAUGAAACAUGUGUACUUUCGAAGUCUGGGACCAAGAAUACAUGCUUUACCUGAAAGUGUAUCAAUAUUCAGUUUGAAAGAGAUUCAGUUGCAAAAGGACCCGGGUUUUCGAAAUUCUUCUUAUCCAGAGACAGGACAUGGGAAGAACAGAAGACAGAGCAUGCUCUUUUAAGUCUGAUAACAUGGUUUCAAGCCCAGCCCCCAGCCUUUCUUAUCAAUCAAGGACACAGAAAUGAAGGCAAUUAUUUCUUUUGGUGGACUUGGAAUCUCCGUUUGUCUACACUGUCCUCUUCACAGUGGAGUCUUUUUAUUUCAGGCCUACAGAUUGUUUUUAUAUUUGUUGUCACAGUGUGACAAUUUUUUUGUACAGUUGGUUUUAAGGUCUUCUCUGCCGGUAGAGCCAGUAGGUUACAGCCGUUGAUGUAACUGUAGCUGCAAUUUUUGUGCAGGACUGAGAAACACAGUGCAUUAUUUAUUGCGGAAUCAUUGCUGCUAAAUAACUACUGUCUGUUUAUUUAACACAACAAUUGAAUGCCUGAAGAAGUUGCAGUGGCUUUAUUAUAUGUGAAUGCAUCUGUUUCUCCUCACAAAAUGUUUUACUGCUGCAUUUUUUGUUUGUUUGUUUGUUUGUUUUUAAGAUUAAACUGCAGUGUUUCCUGGAAUGUAAUUUAGCUUUGCUUAACAGUAAAAUAAGUGAGCCAUCUUGAACACUCUAAGUUCACGCUAUAUAAUCUUUAUGAUUUUUUUUUAUUGAACAUUGACAAAUAGAGUAGCUAAGAAAUUGAUAAGCACAUUAUGUUUAGGAAAGCCUAUGAUGCAGAAGUUGAUUCAAGCAAGUGAAUGAAUACCUGACAUUUUGGAGAUCUCACUUUAGAUACCAGUAAAUUAAAGCACCAAAAUUAUUUAUUUUUACCUUUCCUCAUUUUAGAAAUAUUUACUGCAUAUUAUUGGAUAUUUGUAUACUAAUACACUUACCUAUUUUACAUUGUGCUUUAAUUUAGUUAAAAUCAUACAAGUCCGGUCAAACAUGAGAGGUCUUGUUUCUGUUUGUGUUAAAUACAAUUCUUUUAUUAGAAAGGAUGAUACUUCGUUGAGGAACAAUUUAUUAAUAUUUCAUUUGGGGGCUGUAUGUGUGUGUGUUUUAAUAACAUUCACUUGGAAUCAGCUGAAAGCUGUAAUAUGUCUUUGAAAUGAGCCAUGAUAAAUACAAAUGAAAAAAGUGAGAACUUAGAGGAUUGUUUUAAAACAUUGUAGGUAUUAUCUGUUUACCCAAAAUAGUAAAUAUUACAGUUUUAAUUAUGCAUCUCUUUGAAUAUCAUAGCCACACCUUGGUGUUGGUAACAGUGUUUUAAGCAUUUGUGUUAACUUUUAAGAUUAUUUGUUUAGUGCAUCUUACAAACUACAAAUCUUAAUUGGUAUAUUUUGAGAUCAUGUAAAUUUUUGGCUUAUAUAUCAUGAAAAUAGUCAUAACUUAAUUUUUUUCCUGACAUUCACUGUAAAACAUUCAGGGGUCCUACCAUUUCUGUUCAGGAAAACUUGUAGUUUAUUGUUAUUUAACAGUAUUAAGUGAAUUUCUGUAUAUUUCAUUUUAACUUUAUUUGUGAAUAGUGAUUGUGGCAUGUGUGGGGUGAUAUUUUAAUAUUUCAUAAUACUGAAAUUUUAAUUUUUUAAAAAAAAUUUCUGGAAGAAACAGAUUCAUGUGUAAUGGUGAAUAUUGGACCACUACUGUUUUUCACAAUUGUAAAUUAGUUUUAUGUUAAACCCUGUAGCCUAACAAACUGCUGUUAUUUCUAACUGACAGACAUGUAUUACUUUGAAGGUUAUAAAUAUCAUGUGAAAUUCCUUCAUUUUGUUUUGAAAUUUAUAAUAACAAAAUCUUCAUGUUGUUAAAAA